UAUUUUCCACUAUUAGGCUAAAUAUGCGGAGAAGCCACGUCUUUCUUAUUGGACGAACCACACGAUUUCGGUCUGAGACACUGAAUUCAGAUCAUAUCGUCUUGAUGCAUGCAGGUUUGCGCUGGUGAUUAGAUUGAGACUACUCUGUGAAGUCAAUAGAGGACCGAUAUAAGACAUCCAACCGCAUGCUUUGGGCAUGUUGCCCUCGCCCCAGGUGUGCAUGUCUACUCUGGUGACAGUGAGCACAAUGGCAGUGGUCGACCUCUACCUGCUGGAGCAGAGCAUGCUGGGACCUCGAGGCAUAGCCCGUCCUGCGAUAUGGCCAUAUGUUGCUGUUGCACUGGGUGACCUGUGUUUCCUGCUGGCACUCCGUUUUGUCUCUGCCGGUGUGGUUUCAGAAGCUCGCUCUCCCCGCCGGGGCUUCGCAAACGCACUCUGGUUUCUUUUCCUCUCUCUGCUGCAGCUGAAGCUUUUCUUUGUGUGUCAAAAUUACAGACAAGAGAGGCGGCCUCCAGAUCCCCUCGCCCGCAAGACUUUGACACUAUUACUUUCUGUCUGCCUGCCCUCGCUGUUUCUCAUCCUGACAGGAGCUGAUUACAUGACUUCACUUCGUAGGAAACAUGAGGUGCGGAGUCGACUUCUGUGGGUGGUGGUAGACUUGCUUGAUGUGCUGGAUCUUCAAGCUGGUCUAUGGGAGGUACAGGGCAGCGUGGGGGUUCCUCUUUGGGUGGAGGGUAUAGUUUUCUUUUACUGUUAUGUGUUGCUGCUGUUGCUGCCAUGUGUGUCACUCACAGAGCUGGGUGCUUCUGCACUGCCUGGCCUGCAGGCUGCUCGGAAGGAGGCUAUUUAUCCUUGGCUCAGUUUGGUCACCAUAAAUGUGUUUACACUUGUGCCGAGGGGGGUAGGGAUGCUCUGGUACAGGGACCCACGUGUAUCGACAGUGUUUCUGGGGAAAAACCUGCUGGCUCUUGCAGUGAAGCUGAGCUCUGCCUGGGAUAGGCACCGAAAAGAAAGUGGAGGGGUGCAGGGAGCAGGAACCGUCACAGUAACUGGAAACCAGAAUCGAGGGGUGAUCUCAGAACAAGCGACGGAGCAGGAGCAAGGGUGCACAUCUCCAACAGCGUCAUCUACAUGCUAUCAAACACUUUCACGCACUCAUGGGCACAGCCACUCGCUCUCUCAUGUGAGUCUGGGUCCCACUGAGACCUCGUUGGGGCCAGCUUACAUUUCCCAUGAGCUCUAGAUGUCCAAGGGCAUGAAAAGCCCAGUAUCUGAAACUGCCAAUAAAUUAGAGUUGGGCUUGUGGCCCAUGAUUACCCUGGAGUCUCUGUGCUUUUGCCAAGAUUAGCAGAGUCAUUGUUUUAGCACACUUUGUAGUUGUACAACUGAUGAUUUGUAAAACCAAACAUGAGCAGCUUACUGUGUUGUAAAGCUCCCAGUUAAAAUGAUAAUUGGGUUGAGGUGGGAGUUGUUUUAAUUAAGUGCCUUCUUUAAAGAGCAAGAAUUAAUAUUGUUACUCUUGUUCAGUUUGGUGUUUGUCAAGGACUUGAACUUAAACCAUGUACUGUGAAGCAUGACCACUGUUAAUAUUACACUCUGAAAUAAACUGUUUAAUAGACACGUCUCUAACAUGUUACUCAGUCUCAGUUGGACCCAUAAUCUGUUGGUUUGACAUGAGGCAGCUCUCAGGUAAACAGAUCCAUCUACAC